CACAGCAUCCCAAAGCACAUCGUGCAAGCUCAGAGCAGCAAAAAUGGCCGUGCUCCGAUUCCGCGCACUGGUGCUCACCGUUUGCCUCGUGUGUUUCUACGCCCCCACCCCCUCCUCCUCGGCUUCCUCCGGCGACUUCCUCCACUGCCUCUCGGCCAGCAUUCCGAGCAAGCUCAUAUUCACGCAGAGCUCGCCUUCCAUCACCUCCGUCCUGGCGGCGUACAUCAGGAACCCCCGGUUCUCCACCCCCGGCACGGUGCGCCCGCUCUGCAUCGUCAGGCCCACCAACGCCUCCCACGCCCAGGCCACCGUGCUCUGCGGCCGCCGCCACGGCGUCCGCGUCCGAGUGCGCAGCGGAGGGCAUGACUACGAGGGCCUCUCGUACCGGUCCGUCCAACCCGAGACGUUCGCCCUGGUCGACCUUGCCAACCUCCGCUCCGUGCGCGUGGACCGGGCCAGGGCCACCGCAUGGGUGGACUCCGGCGCCACGGUUGGCGAGCUGUACUACGCCGUCACGAAGGCGAGCGGCGACCAGCUGGCCUUCCUGGCCGGCCUGUGCCCGACCAUCGGCGUGGGCGGCCACUUCUGUGGCGGCGGGUUCGGCCUGCUGCUGCGCAAGUACGGCAUCGCCGUCGACCACAUCAUCGACGCCGUGCUGGUUGAUGCCCAGGGCUGGCUCCUGGACAAGAAGGCCAUGGGGCGCGAGCUCUUCUGGGCCAUCCGCGGCAGCGGGGGCGAGAGCUUCGGCAUCGUGCUGUCGUGGCGGGUGAGGCUCGUUCCCGUUCCACCCAAGGUCGCGUCGUUCAUCGUCCCUGUAUCCGUCAACGACGGCGCCGUCGACGUCCUGACCAAGUGGCAGGAGGUCGGCGCGGCCCUCCCGGACGACCUGUUCAUAAGGGUGAUAGUCACGAACGGGUGGGCCAGCUUCCAGUCCCUGUACCUCGGCACGUGCGACGCGCUCCUCCCGGUGAUGCGCGGCCGCUUCCCGGAGCUCGGGAUGAACCGCUCGCACUGCCGGGAGAUGAGCUGGGCCGAGUCCGUGCUCUACGUCUACGUGGGCAGCGGCCAGCCCAUCCCCGUGACAGACCUGCUGAACCGGACCACCUCCAUGGACACCUCCUACAAGGUGGCGUCCGACUACGUCCGGCGAGCUAUCCCCCGCGACGUGUGGGCGGAGAUCUUCGGCUGGCUCGCCAAGCUUGACCCGGGGAUCAUGAUCGUAGACCCCUACGGCGGAGCGAUCAGCGCCGUGCCGGAGGCAGCGACGCCGUUCCCGCACCGCGGCGGCGUGUUGUACAACAUCUAUUACCAGAACUCCUGGGCCGCCGGCAACGACGGGGAGCCGAACGUGAGGUGGAUCAGGGACCUGUAUGCGUUCAUGGCGCCGUACGUGAGCAAGAACCCGAGGGAGGCCUACUUCAACUACAGGGACCUCGACCUGGGGAGGAACGUCGUCGUGGGCAACGUCAGCAGCUACAACCCUGACGACUACUUCAGGAACGAGCAGAGCAUCCCGCCACUUGUGCCUGUUAGUUUCAUCUCCAACCGAGUACCCGCCUCGGUCGUUGGACAUAAAGUUUAUGGUGUGAAAGAGAAAAUUUAGAAUCAUACUAUUUGUCUCAAGUAUAUAUAAAUAAAAAAAGAUGCUAGCGGAUCCGCUCACGAAAGGCUUAUCGUCCAAUGUAUUCAGAGAACACUUAGCUGGUAUAGAUUUAUGGGAAAGCCUAUAAUCCCUAGACAAUAAGGUGCUAGUUGAGAAUCUAUUUCAAAAACAAAAAGCUAGGUGUAUUAUAGUUGUUAAUCUAAUGGUACUUACCGUAA